AUGUCUUUCCCCAGCGGCCGCAGGAGCCGCGCCGUCCUCGCCCCGCCUGUGCUCAACCCCUACGAGGCGGAGGCGGAGGAGACGUGGAGGGGCGUCGGGCACCGCAAGAGCCGCAGUUUUGACGCCGUCCCCUCCGCGCCGCCACCGCAUCAGGCGCUGCGCCACGAUGAGGUGACGGGAGAACGCGCGGCGUCGAAGGCGUCAGCGGCGGUGCCGCCGCCACUCCCGCCGUCGCCGGUGGUUCUUGUGUCCCCCCACAGCCACAUUUCUGAGGAGGCCGGAGACACGCCGGAGGAGCUGCGGCGGCGGGCGCCACCGCGGCAUGUCCCUGCCGGGCGAGUGAGGCGGCAAAAGGCGUCGUCGCCGAUAAGUGUGCCGCGCACGCGUGCAUCGGGCCCCCCCAACGCCCUCGUGAGGGUGGAUGCGGACGCCGUGAGUGUGUCAACCGUCGCCGGUCCGGGGGCAACCGCGGCGUCGUCGGCACGCGAUGCCUCCUGCCGUGAGACGCAGCGGCCGUGGUCCGCGCCGUCGGCCCAGCACACCCGUCAUGCCUCUCUCUCCUCACAGGACGUGAGCCACCGGAACCCGGGGAAGCCGCAUGAGCUGAGUGUAGGCAAUACCAGGCGCCACGGCGCGGAGGUGGAGGGGACACAGCCUGCAGAAACUGCACCGCAAGAACCCCAUCAGUAUACUCCGUUUGUCGUUCAGGGUGCAGUCACGCAAAAAAAUCCGUUUCGCACUCAGACCUAUGAGGAGUUCUGCUGCGUGCCAGAUUACAGUGCACCAGCGGACUGCCGCAUUUACCAAGGCGACAACGUCGCCUACGCGGGAUUUCAACGCGCGACGGAGAGGGAAUUGCGCGAGCAACGUGCUACCGAAGUCUCUUCCAGCAGCCGACUGAGUUCCUCCGCCUCCUCGCUCUCCAAGUACCUUGUUGCUGGCGCUGCCUUGGGGACCCUGCAGACAGGCGACUGGUUUUACAAGUGGACACGACGUGGAAGGGUGCAUGAGCGGUACGUUUGGCUGGAUAUUCAGCGUCAGUCACUGCUGUGGGGGCCAAGUCCACGCGCCGCAUUUGUGCUUCUCUCGCAUCUGCGCAUAGAUUCGGUCAUUGAUCUGCGCCCAGACUGCAUGCUUGACGAGGCGACACAGCGCACUUUUUAUCGCCUCUUUGUAGUAACCGAGGAGCGCAUCGUUGUGUUUGCCACGGAGCUACGGGACAAGUUUGAUGUCUGGUUUGAUGCGCUGCAAAAGAUAGUACUUGCCCACGGCUCCUCACGACAGUGGGGCCAACUCUGGGGGUCGCCAAGCGCGGGGGAGGCGGCAGCCGUGGAGGGCAGGUGGAUCUCUCGCUGCAGCCCCUUACAUGCCAUCCUGCACGGCUACGAAUCCCCCGGGCAUCUUGGGGAAGCUGGGAAUGUGCUUGGCGACCGGCGCAGCCAGGUCCUGCCAAGUGACUAG